CACCACUGGCGCGAGUACGUUACCUCUUGGGACGCCAUCCACCAGCUUUGCCACCGCUUGCACUUGCGGUCGAUCAAGCGCACGGCCAUGUUGGCCUGGCGGCAGCUGAUGGCGCGCAAAGAAGCUCAGAUUAUCGCACUGCUCUCGCUGCGUCUGCGCCAAGGUAUUGCGCGCUGGCGCGAGCGGCACCACGCCCGCCGGUACGUUGCACACCAAGCUUCGCUCGUUCUUUCCGCCCAGCUCCAGCGCCGCAAGCUUGAGCUUGUCGAAAUCGGGCAGUGGCUACAGCACAAAGCGGCGACAACUCGACACCGCCGGAUCCUGCACCACUGGUACGGGCACUGCGUUGCCCAGCAGCUGCAGCAAGUGUCGCGCAUGAGAGCGGUCGCGCACCACCGACGCCGCCUGUCGCGGCAGCUGCCCGUGGCCGUCUUUCAGUGGCGCAGCUGGACGCUCGAUGCUGUCGCGGUCCAGGCACUUCGCGCGGCCACCAUUGAGGCGCACCAUCGAUUCCACCAGCGUCGAGCUAUGCUGAAGGCGUGGCAGUGCGUCUGUCGCAUCGCCCGACGCGCCCGUGCCUGGAACGACGCACGCUUGUGGCGGCAGUGUCGGCACAUGCUGCAGGCGUGGCGCGUGCUCGUUAGACGGCAAAUGUACAUCUCCUCGGUCGUGCACCUGUUCGAGAACGCACGCCUUAAGAGCAUCCUCCAAACCACACUGCAUCAAUGGCGCACCGCCACGGCUCAACUGUGCAGUCGCCGUCGCUCCAUCGACUGUUUUCAAUCUCGACGCGUCCGACAGGCGCAAGACCGUGUGCUCAGGGUAUGGCGGUGCUGGGUCGCUUGCCGGCACCAUGCGCGAAACCAAGCGCUGCAAUGUGCUCUGCACGGGGAGCGUCAGCGAGCGCGCAGCACGUGGGGGACCUGGCGAUCGCGCUAUCGAGUCAUUUCCGACCGACGACAGGCGAUCGCGGCUCUGAUGCAACACCACACACGCGCCCGGCUACUGCGUCAGUUUGUCAACUGGCAACUAUGGGCUGCGCAGCGCCGACACUGGCAACGCUGUCUCGACACGCGGCUGCACGCGUCGUGGCUGCUGCGAACCCAUUUUGGUGCGUGGAGCGAUCAUGUCGACCGACGUCGGUUCUUGGCGAGUGGCGUUGCUUCAUUGCACACUACGUGGCGCCACCGGCAAACACGUCAAGUCUGGUGUCGAUGGCAGAAGCACCGCGACGAGCUUGAAGCGACGUUAUCUCCGGCGACCGCCGUCUGCCAGAAGGCGCAGCGACGCAAGGCCUGGGUGCACUGGCGGCAAGCAUGGCACCAGCGCCGGGCAGCGCACGACGCUCACCUUCACGUCUUGCGCGAUGCGCUUCGUGGGCUAUGGCGGCAGUGGCACCGCUAUUGCCUUUUACAGCACGAGGCGCGAACACUGGUGGAUCAAGCUCUGGAUAUGGCCUCUAAACACCGCAAGUGUCGGGCGUGGCGCCGGUGGCUGCGGUACCACGCGGCCAAGGUAGCGCAGCGUCUUUGGCUUGCACGCAGCACGCGCCAUUACCUCGGCUUUCACUGCCGCAUUGCGAUCCAAAAGCUCUCUGCGCAUGCGUACCUGAGCCGCCUCCAGGUUGCCGUGAGUCGCGGCAGCUUGCGGCGGAGCUUUGCGGCGUGGCAACGAUUAGUGUCCGAACUCACCAAUACGCGCCGACGAGCUCGGCAAGCUUUGUUUCAUAUGCAGCACUGGCGCAUCCGCCGCGGGUGGUGCCAAUGGCGACUUGGACACCUUCGUGCGCACCGCCAACACCACCAGGAAGGCCUUAGUACGCGCCAGUAUGUCCGGCACCGGCUUGCAAACGGCCUUGGGCGAUGGCUCUGUAUGCUUCGCGAAAAGCAGCAACGUCGCGUGCGGUGGCUGCUUGCGGACGCCCACUGCAGCAAGCAUGUCCUUGGAAUGGCGUGGGCCUCAUGGCGACACGCGACGGCUCUCCGAAAGCGCGAACAACAGCAAUUUCACUGCGCUCGGCAGUUUGCAGUUACCCGCUGCCUCUUGCGCAUGUGGCAACACUGGCACCUGUGGUAUCGGUACCGCCGCACGAGCACCUUUCGUGUCAUGGCCGUGACGCGACUCCGUCAGCAUGUCUGGUUUCGGAAUUGGCAGCGCGUCACCAACGCCCAUCAUCUCGCGCGUUUGCAUCAAACCCGACGUCUUGGUCGACUCUUCACUGCCUGGUACGACCAGACACGCUACGUACUAGCGUGCCGCGUCCAGCUCGCCGUGGCCUACGACCGGCUCUCCUUGGCGGCCCGUCUGUGAUCCAGCAUACGAGCUUUUAC